AUGAGUGAUUCGAGUGAUAAAAUCCAAAUUGAGACUUUUGGAUCGGAAGAGAAAGUUGAGAAUUAUAUCAGAACUGAUAAGAAGUGGUGGCAAGUACCUCAUUUAUUGAAAUUAAAUAUCGCUGUUGCUUUAAUUACUUUUGCAUCUUCAACUAAUGGUUAUGAUGGUUCUAUGUUGAAUGGUUUACAAAGUUUACCAGUUUGGAAAAUCAAAAUGGGUUUAAUUCAUCCAGACACUGGUGAAUUAACUCAUAAUUCCAAUACUAAAUUAACUCAAUUAGCUAAUGGUACUAUUUAUGGAAGUCUUUUAGCUGUCCCUUUUGCCCCUUAUGUUUGUGAUCGUUAUGGAAGAAUUUUCACUACCGUUCUUGGUCAAGGUAUUACUGUUGUUGGUUCAAUUAUUCAAGGUUGUGCUCCAAAUUAUGCUGCUUUCUUAAUUGCAAGAAUGAUUUUAGGUCUCGGUACUGGUUUUAGUGUUGUUUCUUGUCCUUCAUUAAUUUCAGAAAUUGCUUUCCCAACUCAUAGAUCUUCUGCUACUGGAUUUUAUAAUACAUGUUGGUAUUUGGGUGCUUUAAUUGCUGCUUGGACAACAUAUGGUACCCAGUACUUACAUGGUGAUAAUGCUUGGAAAGUUCCUUCAUUCAUUCAAGGGGUUCUUCCUUUGAUUCAAAUUGUUUUUAUUUGGAUGAUCCCUGAAAGUCCAAGAUAUUUCAUUUCAAGAGGUAAACAUGACAAAGCCAGGGAUAUGUUACGUAAACAUCAUACUGGUAAUUCUGAUGAUCCUCAAGAUAUUGCAUUAGUUGAAUUUGAAAUGAAAGAAAUCGAAGCUGCCUUGGAAAUGGAAAAAUUAAGUACUCAAACUUCUUACAAAGAUUUUAUCAACAAGAAAAAUUUCAGAAAGAGAUUAUUCCUUAUCAUGUAUGUUCCAUGUAUUAUGCAAUUAUCAGGUAACGGGUUGGUGUCAUAUUUCUUGAACAAAGUUUUGGAUUCAAUUGGUAUAACUGAUGCUAAUAAACAAUUACAAAUUAAUGGUUGUCUUAUGGUUUAUAAUAUGGUUAUUUCUAUGGCUGCAGCAUCAACAUUCCAAUUCUUUAAAAGAAGAACAUUAUUCUUAACUUCUAUUUCUUGUAUGUUGGUCUGUUACAUCUUAUGGACUAUUUUGUCCGGUUUAGCAGAAGCCAGAAAUUAUCCACCAGCAUUAUCCAACGGGGUUUUAGCAUUCAUUUUCUUAUACUAUGCUUCAUAUGAUAUUGGGGUCAAUGGUUUACCAAUCUUAUAUGUUACUGAAAUCUUACCUUACACCCAUAGAGCUAAAGGUAUGAAUAUUUUCAAUUUCACCCAAACUUGUACUUUAAUUUUCAAUGGUUAUGUCAAUCCAAUUGGUUUAUCAAAUGUUCAUCCAACUUAUAAAUAUUAUAUCGUUUGGUGUUGUCAUUUGGUUGUAGAAUUAACCAUUGUUUACUUCUUCUUCCCAGAAACUUCAGGUUAUACUUUAGAAGAAGUUGCCAAAGUUUUUGGUGAUGAUAUUAAAGAGGUUUCGUUUAUCCAAAGAUCUGAUUCUAAAACUAAAGAACAAUUUGUUGAAAACGUUGAAUCAGCUUCAGUUUAG